UGGAAAACAAAACCCCCACCCGCGGUGUGUCUAAUGGCCGUUCGCUGUCCAUGGUGUUGAAAAUCACUGCUCGCUACGAACGAUGUAACGGCAAUGAAACAAAGGAACGGGCACGGCGACCAACAGCACCACCAUGGACGAUGAUUUGUUCCAGUUAAGACAGCUGCCCAGUGUGGUAAAGUUUCGACGCACAGGUGAGAGCGCUCGUUCAGAUGAUGAGUGUGGCACAAGGGAUCAGAUGGUGCAGAUGGAGGGGGGGCAAAUGGACAUGGGCUCUGUGGCCCUGGCUGAUGGAGCUCCAGUACCCAGAGAGUUCGCCAACCCCACUGACGAUACCUUCAUGGUGGAAGAUGCGGUGGAGGCCAUUGGGUUUGGCAUGUUCCAGUGGAAACUCUCCAUCCUUACAGGACUCUCCUGGAUGGCAGAUGCUAUGGAGAUGAUGAUCCUCAGUAUCCUGGCCCCGCAGCUGCACUGUGAGUGGAGACUGCCCAGCUGGGAGGUGGCACUGCUCACAUCGGUGGUGUUUAUUGGAAUGAUGAUCAGCUCCUCAUUGUGGGGGAACAUAUCUGAUAAGUACGGACGGAAAACAGGUCUGAAGAUGAGUGUGUUGUGGACUCUGUUCUAUGGAAUUCUCAGUGCAUUCGCUCCUAUUUAUGGCUGGAUCCUGUUCCUUCGAGCUUUGGUCGGCUUUGGAAUUGGAGGAGCUCCACAAUCAGUGACACUGUAUGCUGAGUUUCUCCCUAUGCAGUCCAGAGCCACAUGCAUUCUGCUGAUUGAGGUGUUCUGGGCGUUGGGGACAGUGUUUGAGGUGCUGCUGGCCAUCCUGGUGAUGCCGACAUUGGGCUGGCGCUGGCUGCUUGCCCUCUCCACCAUCCCCCUCUUCAUCUUUGCCAUCCUCUGCUAUUGGCUGCCUGAGAGUGCUCGUUAUGAUGUUCUGUCAGGGAACCAGGAGAAGGCUCUGAACACACUCAAACGCAUCGCGACAGAGAACAGGGUCCCCAUGCCUCUGGGAAAACUCAUAGUGGCUAGACAGGAGGAUCGAGGAAAAAUUAAAGAUCUGUUCUUGCCGCAUUUCCGCUGGACCACCGUUCUCCUCUGGUUCAUAUGGUUCUCCAAUGCAUUCUCCUACUACGGCAUUGUACUGCUCACCACAGAGCUUUUUCAGGAGGGCAGGGACUGUGGAGAGGCCAGUGACAGUAAGACAGAGCCCAGAUGUAAUCUGGAGUGCAAGUACCUGAACUCGGAUGAUUACAAAGACCUGCUGUGGACUACGCUGUCGGAAUUCCCAGGUCUUCUGGUGACGCUGUGGGUGAUCGACAAGCUGGGCAGGAGGAAGACGAUGGCUCUGUGCUUCUUCGUCUUCUCGCUGUGCAUCCUGCCACUCUAUGCCUGCGUGGGCAGGUCUUCUUUAACGGUCUUGAUCUUCAUCGCGAGGGCAUUUAUCGCUGGAGGCUUCCAGGCAGCUUAUGUUUAUACACCUGAGGUAUAUCCCACAGCGACACGGGCGCUUGGUCUGGGCACCAGCAGUGGCAUGGCUCGGGUUGGAGCACUAAUCACACCAUUUGUGGCCCAGGUCAUGUUGGAGUCAUCAGUGCACCUGACACUUUCCGUGUACUGUUGCUGCUGCCUGCUGGCCGCUGUGGCCUCCUGUGCCCUGCCCAUUGAGACCACAGGUCGCGGUCUGCAGGAGUCCAGCCACAGGGAGUGGGGGCAGGAAAUGAUGGGCCGAGCGUCCAACCACAGUCCAGACGCCAUCCCCCGCUCAAGCUCUGGAUCGCAGAAUUGAAAGAGGGAAGAAUGGAGGCAGACGAGAAAGGAGGCAAAACUUAGAGGGCAACUAAGAUGAGACCAUAUUGGAGAGAAAAUAUGAAGAAAAUUGAUUCAAACAACUAAGCAUGAACCAGGCUAGACUGCUGGAAAGGACAGUGAUAGGAUUUGAGAAACCAGUGUGUAUCCAAAAUCUACUUGAUAACACUAAUGGCGUGAAAAACACUGCGUUCUCUAUUAGCUCUGAAAAAAACGCCCAAGUUCACAGCCACCCACUGUGGAUAAUGUUCUCCAUUAUAAAAAACCCAGAAAAGCUAACAUUGCUAACAAAUGAAUGCUAGCAAGGGCCAGUUUGCAUUACACAGUUAUGCUAACGUCUACCGACUACCUUGCAUUCAUUGUUGACCACAUUAGGAUUCUUGGGUAUAAAGUGAUGUCUUACAGAUCUUUAAAGGAGAUUCGUAGGGUAAGUUAAUUCGAACAUUGCUGGCUCCAUUGUUAGCCUAAAUAGCUAAUUCUCUACAACCACUAGCUCAUUAGGCUAAAUGGCUAAAUCAUGUGGUUCUAUACAUUAUUCUACCCUGAAGAAGAGGUGACUGGGGUUAAAAUGACAUACAGUACUGUGCAGAGUCAGUGACCACCCUUUCCUUCGUUCAAUUUCCUGUCAAAACAGCCAUGAAGUACAAAUUAUUCAUUUUUCAGAUUCAGGAAAAAAGCAGGAAACAUAUUUAACAGAAAAAGUAUAAUAUCAAAUGCAUUAGUAUUUCAUUUGCCCACUCUUUACUUUUGUGCUCCUAUGGCUUCUUUAACUCUUCCAUCCUUCCAGUCUUAAACCAACAAGUUCCAGCUUUGUCCUUCCAAAAAAAAAGCUGCUCCCAAAGAACUCAGUGGCAUUAUGUCCCAAUCAGACUGACACUAAUAUUCACACAAGCAGCUACACAAACUCACCGCAUUCAGAUCUUUCUCUUGUGUGCUUCUAAAAUGACUUAAUGACACACUUCUAACAAGAUUACAUCUAAAAUAAUCCAUUUACAGUAAAGUCAAAGAAAAUUAGUAAAAAAAAAAGCAGUUUCUGCUGUUGAAGCAGUGAAACACUCUUUGAACCAUGUCUACGGACAACAAUCAGACAUGAAGGAGGAUCACUGCACAUUUAGGGGGCAACAUCUGGAGUUGGUGAUUUGGUUUUGAUCCAGCUGAUAAGUGCAAACAAUGUAUUGUGCAGUAUCCUCUGGAAAAUGUUGACCUGAAAAUGAUUGUACAGCAAGAUCCCAAACAUACUUACAUAGUUAUCAACCAAAAAAGCUGCUGAUUUUCCACAGAUUGACCACCUCAGAGUCUGAACCUCAAUGUCACUGAAUGUGUUUGGGAUUACUUGGAUGAGGAUCUUCAUGAGAAGAAGAAACUGCAACCAACUUCUUAAUGUAGAUUUCUGAAAACUGAAAGUGAGUCUUCAGAAAAGAAUGGAAACUGUAAUAAAGGCAAAGUGUUGUUACACUAAAUACUGAAAAAUGAUACAAUAUUUAGUUGUUGAGAUUUUCAGGUAGUUACUGUUAAAAAAAAUUUUUUUAAAUGAAUAAAUUGUACAAAUUUUCGUUUUGACUAGUAAUUAAAUGCAAUUAAUUAUGGGUGGUCUCGCUACUUCUGCACAACACAGUGCAAGGUACUGGCUGAUAAAUGAAUGACCCUAAGUCAGUUAGGUGUGUAAAUAAUGACCAGUUUGGGGUUUUAACACAGCUAGCAUGUUGCUAAGUGAGAUGAGCGAGGAGUUUUACACCCUUCAGACCUUCAGUUGAGAAGUUUAGGGGCAGCACAAAGUGUGUAUGUGAGAAUGUAUGGAAGUAUAGAAAGAGAAAAGGAAGAUUUUGCCUAAGUUAAUUUCCUUACAUAAUAGAGCCUUACAGCACGUCCCCAAAAAAAUAAAAAAAUAAAAAAAAACAGAAGAAGUCGGCCCACAGUGCACUAAUAACGCUGUUCAAUCAAUAGCCUCCUUCAGUGAACUACUGUUGCGCUGCGAAACCUUGCUGUGGGCCCACAUUUCAUUUGUUGCCAUUGAUGCUGUGAAGUGGAGUGAACCGUGUUGUGAACACCAAAGCUGUCGUUAUUUUUGACCACCCCACUGCAUCAGAUGGCACGUCUCACUGGCAUUAGCUGGCAAUUAGUCGGCUCUUCCUGCCUGGCGGAGUCCAGUCACAUUCAUUAGCAGAAUGCCACUAACAGUCACUUCAAUAAUGUAUUAGAUAUGAAUGCACUCUAUAUGUUGUUUAUAAACAUGAAGUAUAUCAAAAGCCUAUGAAUUUAUUAAAGAGCUGAUCUAGGAUCAGAUUCCUCUAGUAUUGGUUAUGGCUUUACUAACAGAAAUAGAUCCUAGAUCAGUUCUCCUACUCUGAGAAGCUCCAUCAAUAGACUUUUUUUGUCUAAAAUUAUUGUUGCUGACCUUACAAAACCUUGAAUCUCCUAAACUGAGGGUUUCAACUUAAAAUUUAUCUUAAAAAUUCAUAAAUAAAUGAUCAUUUUACUUUUUCUGUGGCUAAAUAUUUAUGUCUGAAAGGUAGAUGUGUUUCACCCACCAGACACUGUGGUUGUUACCCAAAUGGUUACCCAACAUAAACUGUAAAAAAAAUCAGCUUAGACUGGUUAUGAACGAUGUUAAAAGCAAAAUUAGAGCGCUGCAUGCAAGAGGAACCAGUCAAACUAAAGCCUGAUGCAGCAUGAACGCUGCACACUGAGCAGGACUAUAAUACAGCUUUGACUAAAUUAUCUAGCAUUCUAAUUUUGACUGAUAGUUAAAUUUGCCUUUGUGGACUCAUUCACUCAUUAUUCAUACAAACAUAACAAAUUCUGGGACCCAGCUUGAAAAAUUAAAAUGAAUAAAACAAAGUUUUCUCUUUUUUCAUAAACAAUGAUGGCUGCUUGAGUUCAGAAAAAUAAACCUGAAUUGAUUAUAAAUAGAUGUUCAGUAACAUUUUCCAUUUUCCAAAUUCUCAUCACAACACAAUAAUAUCUGAAGAUAAAUCUGUACUUUUUCCACAUCUUUUCUUCAUCAUCUGUGUACUGUUGUCUAAGUAUUUUAAAGCUAUUAAAAAAUAGAUUUUGCAAUUUUAUGUUACUACCACAACUCGCUGAUAGCCAUUGAUGCUUUUCUUUUUGACCUGCGCCAAAAAAUAUUUUAUUUUUUGAUUCAUGUCCUUAUAGUUUACAAGAAAAACAGUGAAGAGGUUUAUCAGUUAAAACUAAUUCAUCCAAAUUUGUUCUAAUUAAAAAAGCAAAAAAAAAUGAGCUGUAAUUCUAAAUGAUCUACUAAAUGAUAAGAAUAUGAAUUCCCUAGGUGUGCGAGAAUGACCAAAAUACGUUUUAGAAUUAAGAGAUGAAUGGAAUCAUUAAAUUAAUCCACUAAAAUGCAGAUAACUUUUUCUUCACUCACAAUAACUUCACCCUCACAUUGAGCAACAUCAAUCUUAUUACAAUAAGAGUCCUUCAUAAUUCUACUGUUUAAUGUAGGUUUACUUGAUUAAACUGAACAUGAUAAAAUUGACUAAAUGUGACUAAAUGACUAAAGUAUUUAUAAUACUAUGAUUAUUAUGUUACCACUAAUAACUAUGAUAAUAAUAAGAGUAAUAAUAAUAAUGAUAGUAGAACUGAUAUUAAACACUGACCAAAAUUUGCUUAAAUGUUAUGUAUAUAAAAUUCAUAUUGGAAAAAAGUGUGGGAUAUUAUUUCCCCCAUUUUGUUUACAAAGAUAGUUACAAAUAUUCAAUGGCAAACUUUGUGUACUUAAAAUUAUUACUUGGAAAAAACUUUUUGGGACUUGGGACUUUCUACAUUUUUUAACUAAUCCCCUCACCCCCCACCAAUAAUUAGACUUUGAGACCCCUGUCCUAAUUGGUAACUUCAUAGAACAAGAAAAAUUGUUCCUAGCAUAACAAAGCCAAUGUAACAAAAUCAUUUUUGGAAAUGAAAUGCUCACACAACAUAAAGGAUUUACAAGGUUUUGAUAUAACAGCAACGGCAUAUACAGUAAAGGUACUUAAAAUGUGUAGUUCCCUCUGCUUGGAAUCCAGCCGCAACUGAGAUUAUAGCACUCAAGGCCUUCAUUAUAGUGGGACUGGACACACAUGGACACCUCCUGUACACAGCUCUAUUUACUUACCACUCAGUGCUCUGUUUCAUUUAUUUUGUCAAUCAUUUUUACUCUUCAGCUGUACAGUAAAUAGGUUUGGGUUUGUUUGGGUUGGGAACUUGCUGCCACAGGCAAAUAAAAGGUGAUGUGAAGUGUGAAGCAGUGCAGGGUUGGGGUCAUUUCAACUCAGUUUUAUUUGUGCAGUGCUUUUUACAAACCAGAAUUCUGUUUGAUCUUUAUUGAAAACAGUAAAAAAAUUAUGUUAC